AUGCCAAGACCCGGUAAUUCCAGUUAUCGUAGUCGAAGUCGAAGUCAUAGUCCUGCUCGUCGUAAUCAUUAUCGGGAUAGAUAUUACCGCGAUAAGCGGAGAAGCCGUAGUCGGACACCUUCGUCUUCUCGUGGACGCAGUAAUAAGCAUAAUAAAGAGGAAAGUAGGAGCCGUUCCAAAAGUCGAGAUAUCUUUGGACGUGAUAUCAAUCGUCGUGAUAUAACUAAUAAAGACGAUGAUAGAAAGACAAUUAAACAAUUCCAUACAGCGUCGCAUGGUAAAUUACCAGAUCUUGAAAGAACUAAAAUAAGUUCGCAAAUCAUCUUAUGCGAUAGUGGUCAUAUACUCAGCCGGGCUGAAAUAGAAGGGAAUGUCGAAAUGGAAGUGAUGCGCCGUGUUGCUGAAGCCAAGUUAUUAAUGGAGAAAAAACUUCAAGAAGAAUAUGAUAGGAAAUACGAGCUUGCUGUAUCUGAACUACAAAUGAAAGAGGCAACAGAGCGUGACAAACUCCAGGAAGAGAAACAAGCAGUAGAAGGAGAGAAAAAAGUAUUGGAAGAAGCUCAAGCAAAACUGGCGGAAGAACGCCUUGCUCUUUUAGAGCAGCAAAGACAUCUUAAUCAACAAAAAGUAAAUAUAAGUAAAGAAAAGAAACGAUUAGAAAAAUUAGAGCAGGAGUUAAUCCUUAAUAAAAGCAAGCAAGCCCGCCCUAAGUUAUCGUUUAACAUAAAGCAGAAGAGUAUUUUGUAA